UACUCGCGCGCCACCGGCAAAAAUGGCGGCGGCCUGACUAGCGCUGGCCCGUUUUGUAAUUCCGCUGCCUUACUGUGCUUGUGCAAAAUGUGAAAGGAGAAACGGCUGGUGGAGGGGGGUCCUAGGCAAUGAAUCGGAGAAGAAAACUUGGUGACAACCCUGGCCUGAAGAAUACGCCGCGGAAAAUGGUGGCGGCAGAGGAAUGCGGCUCGGUGGUCGAGUCAGGGAAGAGGCGGCUGAGGUCGGCCCGCAGAUCGGGGUUCAGCAGGGCCGGAGAUGGGCCUCCCCAGCCCUUGCCGCGUCCAGAGAAGUUUCCAGUAGCCGCUUCGUGCAGUAAAAGUAACCCCGAGGAAAAGUAUGAAACACCAAAGAGAGUGCUGAAAAUGGAUUUAUUGUCAUCUACCUUCAGUUCUCCUAACGAUCCAGAUGGACAAAAUGAUAUCUUUUGGGAUCAAAAUUCUCCAAUGACCAAACAGCUAGGUAAAGGAAGAAAAACAAAGAUUUACACCACAGAUAGUGAUGAGAUCUCACAUAUUGUUAAUCGUAUUGCUCCUCAGGAUGAAAAACCAACAACAGACUCUAUGCUGGGUGUGUGGAUUGGGGAAGCUGCUAUUCCUUGUACUCCUAAUGUUGCAAAAGGAAAAUCAAGAGCAAAAAAAGUCAGCUGCACAAAGUUAAAAACACAAAAUCAAGAAGAAGAGCUUAUGAAAUUAGCUAAGCAAUUUGAUAAAAAUAUGGAAGAGCUUGAUGUGAUUCAAGAGCAAAACAAGCAGAAUCAUGAUUUUACCCAGAUGAUUUCAGAAGCAGAGACUUUAAAUAAUUAUAAAGAUAAUGUACAAAUGCAGUUAUUACAUGAUAUCAUCCCCGAAAUAGAUAAUGCUGUAAUAAAGAAGCUGAUGAAAGGAAACACCAAAGUAUCUGUGGGAAGUGAUCAAUAUAGCAGCCAGAUGCCAUUUGACCAAAAUGCUGAAGCAGCCUUUAAUGCCAUUUUUGAUGGUUCUACUCAGAAAUGUAGUGGACAGCUAAGCCAGGACUGGUCAGGAUUUUGGAAUACCAUUACUACCUUUGAAAAGAAAAGUGCUUUGAAAGAGGAGAAAAUCAUUACUAACAAAACUCAGGUCACUGAAAAACUGCCAAAUAAACCCGCAACUUCACUUUCCCAUCAAGCAGAUACUCCUGAAAGGACAGAAUCUUAUGUAACUUCCAAUACUAAGGAACCAAAAGCUUUUAAUAAGCUCAUGGAUGCAUUUACUACUGGUGAUUUUGAGGAAGAUUGGGAAAACUUACUAAGUAAUGAACCUUUUGUUACACAAAAUGUAGAAAUGUCUGAACCCUUUCUUGUCCCUGAAAUAGCCCAGAUUGUUGGUCAAAAGGAAAUUUGUACCAUUAACAGUGAAAGUGAUAGAAUUAACUCAAGAAUGAAUGUAAGUCUAGAUCCUGGGUUUAGAGAUUCAAAAAUUUUACUAGAUGUUUCUUCAAAGACACGUACCAGUGAAAUAAUAGACCCUGGAAAAUACAGAUUUUCACCAGAUUCAAAUGAUAAACCAGACAAAUUACUAUCCAUUGGAAAUAAAGUGAAAUUUGAUAAAUCUUUCAAUAAAACCAUUCAAGACAAAACUCAAGAUUGUUCAGUUGCACCUGAUCCAACAAAAGUAAAGGAAGAUAUUCAUACUAAAUGUAUUUCUAAUGUAAAUGUGUCACAAAAAAAGUCUACUUUGAACACAGGAUAUUCUGAGGAACAAAAAAAUAAGUCCAUUUUUCAUCAGUCUUUUAAGACACAUUCUAAUAUAGUUCCGUUUGACUCUGCUGCUUUGAACAAUGCAAAUCAGACAAAUGCAUCCAACUUCCAUUCUCUCUCCGAUGAUUGGAAUGACCCAUCAUUUGCCAAUGAAAUUGAUAAAGCAUGGGAAGCUGAUGAUGUAGAGGAUGACUUAUUAUACCAAGCAUGUGAUGAUAUUGAAAGACUAACUCAGCAGCACAACAUGAGAAAGGACAGCAAGACAUUAGAAAGUAUACUUGAGAUUAAUAAUAGUUCCAAACAGGGAGCCAAAACCAUGUUUACUACAUCAAAACAAGAAAGUCAGUUGGUGCAAUCAACGCAUUUGAGCAGUGUUUCAGCACAGUCAUCUUCAUUGACAGAGAGUUCACAAAAAAAUAAAUCAGUGAAGAUGCAAAAAGGGGAAAUUUGUGGAAAUUUUCCAGAUUUUUCAGGUACUACAACAAAUGUUACUCUAUACUCUAAGAACUCAAAAUGUCUAAUCAAUAAUCUGCCUGUAUCUUGGAAUAAUACUGAUGUUCCAGUACAAGUGAGUAGUUCCAGAUCGGUUCUUACAAGAAGUUCAAGUGUGAAUGUGAAUUCAGAUCAAAUGAGGACACAAAUAGCUAGUUACAAGAAGAACUUGAAUACUAGUCCUCUGUCCCAUAGGACUAUAACAGAUGAAGCUCAGAGUGACCUUAACAGUACAGUUAGAUUUUCUAAGUAUACGUUUACAAAGAUCAGAAAUUCUGCAGUUCUUUCCCAUAUUAAUCAAAAUUAUGUAACAGGAAGUAUCGGUGAUACCAAAAUCACACAGAGUUCGGAGAGAAACAGAACUGUCAACUCAUUAUGUGGGAAGGCUGUUCAACAGCAAUCCUUGGUGAAACCUGAAUCUUUGAAACAACCUUCUAAAGAGGAAGAAGAGAAAAAUAGAAAGUAUUCUCCCGAAGAAAUUCAGAAAAAAAGGCAAGAAGCUCUGGUUCGAAGAAUGGCCAAAGCACAGGCAUCAACUAUGAAGGCAGUUCCCACUUAGCCUGAUUUCUUCAGUGAAAUACUGGUUGAAAGACUUAAAUUGAUAACUAUCAAUGAUAGGAAAUAUUGUUUCUUUAUUUCUCUGUGAGAAUUUAAUGCUGAGUUAUAAAGCAUGGACUUCUACUUUAUUUAAUAAAUUACUGUUUGCAUUGGUCAGUGAAACCUUUUCUUGGAGAUGUAUGUGAAAGUAAUUGCAUAUGUUUUGAAAAUCCAGGAAAAUUAAUAAUUAUCUAGUGAAUUAUUCAGCGGAAAGUAGUUAUAUUUUUUAAAUAUGGUGAUUGCAAAGUAUCUUCAAAAAACAGGUUAUCUAUUUAAUUUUUUAUUGUAAUAAGUCUUUUCCUAAUAUAAAGCUCAACUUAACUAAGUUAAGGAAGACUACUUUUUUAAAUAGUUUUUACUUUCAGUAACUGUUUCUUAAACUGUUUCUGAAGUUUAAUUCUUUCAUAUUCUUAGGAACAUAAUUGGUAGGAAAUAAAGGACUCAAUUUAUUUGUGAGGACAUUACUGUGUUCAGUUCCUAGUCUGAAAUAGGUUUGAAUUUGAAUUUUCUAAAAUAUGAUGUAUUUUGGAAACUUUCCACUAUUUUUUGAGAAAAUGCUGAUUUAAGAAGUUUCAUUUAGAAAAAAAGUGGAUUGGCUAUCUAUCUAUCUAUCUAUCUAUCUAUAUAUAUAUAUAAAGUAAUACAGCAUCAUUAACAUUUAGAACUGUCAGAAGCUUUAGAUAUCAUUUGAUCCAGCUUCUUUAUUAUAUAGGUAAGAAAUGAGUCCUGAUAUUCUGAAAGUCACAGGGUAAGUUCAAGCUGUACUGGGAUUAGAAUGACUUCUUUCAGAUGAAUACCUAGACAAUUAUACCAUUUGCUUCCGAGUUUUAAUUAGCACACAAAAUAACUUGUUUAUUGUGGUAUUAAUUAUUUUAUGGUAUAAAACUUAAAAAGGUAACUACAUUAAGGACUGUUUAAAUAUGAUGCUCAUUGUUUCUUGUGUUAACGAAUCAGCCCUAGUCUCCUACCUUGGUUGGUUGGAACAUCAUUCUGUACAGCAAAGGUUGCUGGUUUGAUCCCCAGUCAGAGCACCUGCCUUAGUUACAGAUUCAAUCCCCCGUUGGGGUGCUUACGGGAGGCAACCAAUUGAUGUUUCUCUCACUUUCUCUCUCUGAAAGUCAGUGGAAGCAUGUCCUUGAGUGAGGAUUAAAAAUGAAAAAGAAUGAAUCAUUCUAGGGUAUAAAAACAAGAAUGUCUUUUGAUUUUCUAUAGCUGUAAUUUUCCCUGGGUUAAUUUACUGACAUUAUUCAUUUGUUUUUCUCUAUUACUCUGUUUUUUUUUUUUAAUCUGUUUGGAAUUUGCUCAGCCAGAAGUAAAAUCUAAGCAGAGGGCAUAAGGACAAUAAGGAUGCUGCAUUCAUCCCAAAUAGCUUUAGGGGACCUGAGGAAGGUUAUAGAUGUGAAAUAUCUAUUAGGUCCUUCACCACUAAUUAGGUAUCUUUUAACUAUGAUAAUACUGAAAUAAUUCAAUGCAUUUUAAGUUAUUUCUAUAUAGAAAAAUCAUUUUGAAAAUUGUAUUUUCAUGUACUCGUAUACAUGGACAGGCAAAAGGAGGUUUACAGUUCUCCACAUGGAAAAAGACAUGCAGGUUAUGAUUAUUGCAAUAGCUUUGUUAACUCAAAAGAAUGCCACAUGGACCAGUUCACUUCGGUAGGAUGUCAUAAGUGCUCAAAUUGCUCGCGUUCAUUAUUCACAUGCUUACAGUCUAUGCUCAAGCACACUUUGGCACAGAGUUCCUUAUUACCAGUUUCUUAACAUGCUUCUCACAACUGUAAACCUACUUUUGUUCAUCCUUGUACAGUAGAGAAAAUGCAUUCUAGGUAAACUUUAUUAUUUGUUGAAGAAAAUAUUAUAACCUAAAUAAAUACAGUCAUGCACCACUUGAUUGUGAUACA